GUCUUUGUAGGCGGAGCGUCUCCAGGAUCCAGACGUGCAAGGCGAAAGAAGUUACUUUAUUGUGCCAUUUGGUAACGUCUACACGCCGCCGUCAUCACUGUUAGACAUGCAUACGUACAUGGCUCUGCUUCCAGUUUCAGUUCUUGCUGUGCUCUUCCUGCCGGGAGCAUGGAGUCAGAGCAGCGGCAGCAACAGCAGACUCGGUGUGGUGGUUGAAGCCAAGAACAUCACACUCCCUAUAGGAAGCAACGCCGUCCUGCCUUGUCACAGCCCUCGCAUGGUGUGGACCCGGGACAGACUGAAGGACCGCCAGAGGGUGGUGCACUGGGACUUGAUGCGCAAUACUCCCAAAUACUCCGUGGAACGAGUCCUGGAUAUGUCUCCCGGAGCUCGACUGAGGGUCUACAACAACUUCAACAAAGGUCGCGUUUCCAUUCCAGAAUCUGCAUUUAAAGAUGGCAACUUCUCCCUGGUCAUCAAAAAUGUGAUCCAAAGUGACAAAGGAGUGUACACGUGUAAUCUACACCAUCAUUACUGCCAAAUUCAACAGUCUGUUCAGAUCCAGCUCAACGUGACAAAGUCAGCGCAAAAAGAGAAACGUUACUGGGAUGGAGAGAAAACCAUUUUUGUGGUCUUGCUGGGCACCACUGUGGUGUUGCCAUGCGUCAACCGCCGUCCCCUGUGGCGAGACGGCAUCCAGGAGGACCAGCAGCAGGUAGCCCACUGGGACUUCCAGCCACCGGGCGUGCGACCCGAUAGGGCUGACCGCUUGGUGGACCUCUACGCUUCCGGGGAACGGCGGGAUUACGGACCGCUCUUUGCUGAGAAGAAGAUGAGCGUGGCAGAGGAUGCGUUCACACUCGGAGACUUUUCACUGUCAAUUUCCAACUUGAAACCGGUCGAUAAAGGACUGUACUCCUGCCACCUGCAUCACCAUUACUGCGGCCUGCACGAGAGACGCAUUUUUAGACUCACCGUGGGCUCUUCACUUCCAUCGGAGCCCACCACAACACAGACAAUCUUCCACAAUGAUGACCCUGAACCAAGGGUUGAAGAAGUGCAGAGUCCUCACGUCGUCAACGUUAUCCUCCCUGAGCAUCGAGGCUAUUUCGUGCAACAUUUGGGUUAUUUCCUGGCAACCUUCCUGCUUCUGGCAUUCAUCGUUGUGGCAAUCGUCAUGGUAACUCGACGGCGAAAAAAGAGAGGCCUGGCGUACGAACUACGAAGAUCUGAUGAGAGAAAUGAAGGUGAAAGCUCCUUAAGUUUAACAGAGCUGAAGAUCCGCAACCAAGAGCCACUGAAUUCAGAUUACAAAAACAACCUCCUGAAAGAGAGAGACAUGAGCAAAGACUGCAACAAGGACUUUGAUGGGAAGCUGUGGAUGUGAGACAUUUUAGGACAGCUGCUGGCGGGACCAGAGCAAAUGUCAUGAGCGAGGCGGGGGUGUGGAAGGAACGCAACGAGAGGACAGGAGGAACGCUCCCUCUGCUGAAACUCUGUUUUAGAACUUGCAUUUUUUUCUAAUAGUUCUGAAAAUAGUAUUCACAUUUUAUUUGACAGUUUCUAGUUUAUGUUGAUUAUCAGGUAUGUGCAUUAUAUUUCAUUUUCCAGCAUUAUUUAGCUGUAAUGUGCAUGCGUGCAUUUUUUAAAAAUUCUGAUAUUUUGUUUUUUUUUUGCACAAAUUCUGCUGUAUAUGUCAUCAUGUUCAUUUACUGUAUGCGGACAGAAUAUUUAACAUUUUAACACAUUUUGAUGGUACUUUCUUGCCGCUUUUUAUGUAAAAGUUGUUUUAUAUAUUAGUUGUUUAGUACACGGUUAUUCAAAAUGUAUGAGUUAAAAAAAAAUACUAAGUGUUGGAUAACAAUAUUCUCAGGACAGGUCAUGUCAACCCUUUUUUUUUUGCACCAUGUCAUGUCAUGUAUUCUCUACACUGAGCUGUAGCUGUAGUCGCUAAAUCUGAUGCUGUAUGGUGACAAAUACGUUGCAUCUUAAUUGGAUCACUCGCAAAUGUGUUUACAACAUAGUUAAAUCACAAGUGUACUUAACUGUUUUUGUUUUACUACUAUUUUGCUCUCUUGCACACUCGCACACACACACUUCUUUUGCUUUGUUCUUAUUCCAUAUAUAAUAAAAAAAUUGAA